UUUCAUUAUUCAAAACGAUAUACAAGAUAUAGACAUUGAAACAGUGUAGAAUAUCGCAACAGUGAUUCAUAUAUCGUGUGUUGUUUAUUGCGAUGCAAUUUUAUGCGUUUUGACAGACGCAAUACCGCAACGCCGAACGAAACGAAAGUACACAUUACUUUGACUUGCUUAAUGGAUAAAGUGUUUGUUUGCAAAAUUUUCGUAAAUAUUGACCUAGGUUCUGUGCAAAAAUAAGACAUUUCUUCGUCUCUUCAUUUAAUUGAUUUUCAAUUCGACAUAUCUCCAAAUAAAAUGAAUCAAAUCAUAUCUGCAUGCGGGCAUUAAUCGAAUCAAAAUGAAUAUUUUGAUCAUAAAAACCAGUGACACAACACGUUAUACGAUAGCGCAAAGAGAUAAAAUGAAAAUAUGUCAUCGGCAACACUGCUAAAAAGUACAGAAAAACGGGUCAAAACGCCGGUCGAAUGUUGUGACUCAAAAAGUGACUGUGAAGUCAGCUCAAGUAGUAAGGCGAACGACAUAAAAACAGUACAAAAUUCUAAAGAACGAACGAAAGAACACACAGAAAACAUUUCAAGUGUCACAAAACAAUCGUCAUCCAAUGACAACACAAAAAUGGACACAAAAUCAACGGAUGACAAAAUGAGUUCGGAAUCAACGAAUAGAAAUCCUGCAUCGAUAUCACUUAAUAAUGAAUCAAAUCGAAAAAAUAGCAACGGAAACGAAAAUAAGACUACGAAAACUGCAACAAAUACACAAAACGAAGCAAAUAAUAAUAAUAAUCCAAAAUUACGUGCACGUCCCGCCAAAAAGUUAACAUCGCCGCCUAGAAUGAGUGCGUGCGGCUGGUGUGGCGACACCAAACCAGUUCUUAAUUUUAUUUUGCCCACAUUAUCUGGGGAAAAUCUUCAGUUUUGCACGGAAGUGUGCAUCGCCGAAUUCCGAAAAGCAGUUAAAAAAGGAGCAUGUAAGCAAUGUGGCAGUGUCGUAAGACCAACCGCACCCAAUAUGGAAUAUUGCUCAUUAUACUGUAUGAAUAAAGCAAUGCCGAAAAGUGGAAACGAUGACGUCACCAGUACAACCAAUGUCAAUGGAAAUUCCAAAACAUCUCCGGGUAACAAUAAUUGCGCUGUGCCACGAUCAUUUCAAUGUGAAACAUCACAUGGAUUCAAUUGGAAUGACUAUUUAGCCGAGACAAAUAGCGAUGCGGCACCGUCUUUCUGUUUCAAGCAAGCUGUGAAUCCACCUGUUAACAAAUUUGAAAUGGGAAUGAAAUUGGAAGCGUUAGAUCCGAGAUGCGUCACAUCAACCUGUAUCGGAACAGUGAUAAGCACGCUUGGUUGCCGCUUACGAAUUCGAUUGGAUGGUGGCGAUAAUCAAAAUGAUUUUUGGAGACUUGUCGACUCAAAUGAAAUUCAUCCGAUUGGUACAUGUGAGAAAAAUGGUGGACAACUUCAGCCUCCAUUGGGCUACAACCGAAAUGUAAAUGGAUGGCAAACAUUUUUGAUCAAACAACUUAAAAAUGCCGUAUUGGCUCCAGAGGAUAUAUUCCAGCCAGAACCAACGACGCCCAAGAAGAAUAUGUUCAAGAUUGGCCAGAAAUUGGAAGCAGUCGACAAAAAGCAUCCGUCAUUAAUAUGCUGUGCAACAGUUGAUGCCAUUAAAGAUGAUCAAAUUCACAUUGCAUUUGACGGAUGGCACGGAGCAUUUGAUUAUUGGACUCGAUUUGAUUCAAGAGACAUUUUUCCGGUUGGAUGGUGUACGCGCAGUUGUCAUCCAUUUCAACCGCCAAAUCCAAAAAAAGGAAAAAGUAUUAAACCAUCAAAUACAUUCAUUCCCGAAUUGGAUACUCUGCCAACAACAAUGCCAGUUACAAUACAUUUUCACACAAAAUGUCGCGUUGGCCCCUUCAUUGAUCGACCUCGUUUUCGUUCUAUGAUAACGGCGCCAAACCACAAAACAUUGGCUAAAUUAAUUUUAACAGAGAUUUUGGACAGUUGCACUGACACAACACAGCUGGCGCCUCGGUUUUUUGCAUUAGAGGGUGAAGACAAUACAGUUGAGGCGGCAAAUAAAAAUUUUACGGUUAAAAUACCAAGUUCAAAUAGCAUAAGCGACAUCGAUUUUUUACAGUUCAUAAAAACCAUAUGCACAGCCUGUGAGGCAUGUCCCAAUUUCAUUACGCUUGAACCAAGACCUGACAAAUGUGAUAGCUGUUGUAAACAGGAAAAAUCCAAACAUGAAAAUGAAGACGAAAAUAAGAAAGCGACCGAAGAAACACCGAAGUUGGUGCGAAAACAAGAGGCUCCCAGACAAUCGGAACCAACACAUCGGAAAGAUGAAACCUUCAAAUCGAAACAAACGUAUAAACGUCGUCGCCAAUCAGACAUUGAUAUGGAGUCAUCGUCACCGUCACCGUCACCAACGUCGUCAUCAAGUUCCACUUCGAGCAACAGUGAGACAUUUGUGAAAAUUCCGAGAAAAUCUGUUGAAGGGCCACUUGCCACUACUAAAACAACUCUCAGAAAUCUGGAAGCGCAAAAAGUUACAACUACUACAUCAGCGCUCACACUUCCGACGCCAAGACCACCAAAAGUGGUAGUCUCACCAUCGAAAUCAACAGCUCCCGCCGAGUGGACAAUCGAAGAAGUCAUAAAAUAUAUUACGGAUGCAGAUCCGAAUCUCAGCGUUCAUGCCGCUGUAUUUCGUAAGCAUGAAAUCGAUGGCAAAGCUCUUUUAUUGCUCAACUCAGAUAUGAUGUUGAAAUACAUGGACCUUAAACUUGGACCCGCAUUAAAGAUCUGUCAUCUGGUGAAUCGGCUUACAUCGCGAAGGCACUAACUAAUCCGAAUGAUUGUUGAACUAUCCAAAUCAAAUACAGCCUUUUUACAAAUAAAUAUUUUUUGAUCAAUGUUUGUUAAAGCACAAUUUAAUCAAAACUAUUGUAAAGUCCGUUGGUUUUAUAAGUCCUACAGUAUAUCAUCACUUUAUACAAUAUUCGAAAACAGUUAACUUUCGCGUGACCUUGGAAAAUGUCUUUUCAUUAAAAUGUAUAAUCGUUUUAAAAUGUAAAUUUUUAAAAUUAUAGUUAUAGCG